CGCCUAAAACCGAAUAAUAUUGGCGGCGGAGGUGCGAGACCGAUCGAUCCUCGCGCGAGAAUAUGGCGAUCACAUCCGACGAAGUCAACUUCCUUGUGUAUCGUUACCUUCAGGAAUCUGGGUUCUCGCACGCUGCGUUCACGUUUGCGUACGAAAGCCAACUGGCCAAGAGCAGUGUCAUCUCCACAGAAGUGCCCCCCGGCGCAUUGAUCUCGUUCAUUCAGAAAGGGCUGCUGUAUGUGGGUAUUGAAGCACACGUGAACGAGGACGGGACAGAGCGUGAAUGCGAAGCUGAUAUCACGCUCCUGAAUCCACACAUCUGCCGAGUCGCGCAAUCCGUGUCGCGGGGUAGCAGUUCCUCUGGAGGAAAGCCUGGCAAACGAAAGCGCAAGGCAGAUGACGGCAGCGGCAGCACGACCACUGGUCUUGGACUCACGUCGAACUCCCCCGACUCGGUGCAUGACCCGGCACUGACACCCACCACGACUACUGCGACGACGACAACCACCGUCUCCGCCACGAACGAACCUUCUCCUUCGUCCCAUUCGACCAACCCCACGACAGACUCUGCGGACCCACCUGCAGCAGACACGACCAUGAUCGUGCUACGCGGCCACGAAAAAGACGCGUUCAGCUGUUCGUGGAAACCGCGGCAGAACACGCUCGUGACCGGCUCCAGCGACGCCACCGCGCGGAUAUGGGACGUUCCGCCCGACUUUUCGACUCCCGCGACUGGCCUCACGCUUGCACACGGCAGCGACGGCGCCACCUCGACGGACGUGACGACGUUGGAGUGGAAUAUGGACGGAUCGAUACUUGCCACGGGAUGCUACGAUGGCCACAUGCGACUGUGGUCGGGUACUUCUGGCGCUCUGCUGCAGGACAUGGCGCACCACACCGGACCAGUGUUUGCCGUGCGGUGGAACCCGUCGAGUCGUGUGGUGCUGAGUGCGAGCCUCGACAGCACCGUGUCGUUAUGGGACAUCCAAGCGUCGUCCAAGCUGGCGCAGAUGACUCUGCACGACGGCGCGUCCAUCUUGGACGCUGCCUGGAAGGAUGACGCGACGUUCGCCACGUGCUCGGCAGACACGACCAUCCGACUCACAAACGUCGACGACGCGGCGGGUCCGUGUGUGACAUGGAAAGGCCACACGGACGAAAUCAACGCCAUCCACUGGAACCCCCCCGCAACCGUGUUGGCGAGCUGCUCGGACGAUACCACCGUCAAGCUGUGGAAAGUGACGGACGCAACAUGUGUGUAUGACCUGACGGACCACACCAAGGAAGUGUACACGGUGCGGUGGAGCCCCACGGGCCCAGGGACCGCGCAGCCGAACCGGACCGCGGUGCUCGCGACCGCGUCCUUUGACAUGACCGUCAGGUUAUGGGAUGUCCAAGUGGGUCAAUGCACGUCGACGUUGCAGCACGACAACCCCGUGUAUGCGAUUGCGUUUAGUCCGAACGGCGAGUACGUGGCCAGCGGGUGUAUCAGCGGAGCUGUCCAAGUGUGGUCGUUGCAGGUAGGUGUGGUUUGGUAUACCUACUACUUCCUAGGUUACUGCCGACAUUUCAAAGUUACUGGCGACAUUUGCAUUUCAUUGGCUGUAAUUCUUCAAUUUCUAUUACUAUUUAUGACAUUUCAUUGGCUUACAAUUGUUUUAAGCGCUGAUUAUAAUCUUUUGCGAAAAUUCAUGCCAAAGUAUCAUUCGCCCAAAUUGAGUGAGGGCUCGAUUGUCUGUGUCAAUUCAAAGUAAAUGUCGGCAGUAACCAGAGGAAGUACUACUACUCGGAGGAGUACUUAGAACUCCUGUUACUGGGCUGCAUCGAAUAUGAUAUAAACACAACGUACUUAAUCAUAUGACGGCAUGAAUUAGACUGGCGGGGUGGUCAAGACAUAUCAAGGUCAAGGGGAUAUCUUUGAAGUGAGUUGGAACCACGACGGCACGUUGAUUUCGGCGUGCUUUUCCACGGGCGAAGUCGUCGUGAUUCACUUUCGGGUGUAAUUAGUUUAGAAUUUAUAUUACGACAUCUCCAAGUGUUUUGUGUUGUCGUUCAACAUGGGACUUCAACCUCCAACUCAAUGAAUAAAAUUAUAUAAUGAAAAAGAAAAAUACCAU